AUGAAAUCUCAAGCCAGAAUACUAUUAGAUAAAAUGAAUUGUUGUUAAUUAAACAUUAAAUAGAAAUAAAAACCUUCAACCUAAUUUAAGUUAAUGGUUUUAAGAUACCAUUGGAGUUUAGCAAUCAAUAAACUUUAAAAAAUUAUUAUUAAAAGAUGUCAAUAACCCUUAUUGAAUUUAUAAGAAGAAAGUGUUAGAAUGAAAAAAUCUAGAUCUCAAUAACCAAGUCUAUUAUUUACAAAUAAAAGAUUUGAACAUCUUAGAUAUCAUUCUUAAUAUACUUAAUCUUUAUCAGAAUCUAAAAGUGAAGAAGAUAUAUCAACAAAAAUGUAAGAAAAACUUGAAUCAACAUAAAAGGAUUGUAACAUAAAUGAAAAAAUACUUUAAAUUGGUGAACCUUAAAUAUUAAAAAUUUAAAAUGAAAUAAAAUAGUCAGCAUAUUUUCAUACACAAAGUAGUCUAGAUUCAUUAAAAUUUAAUGAAGAAUUUUUGGAUCUGUUUAAAAAAUAGAAAGAAGUAUGUCAUUUCGGAUAUUUAUGUAAUUUUUAUAAAUAAAGUUUAGCUUAAGAUAAACUUAAAGAACAAGAAAUACUUAUUAAGAAAAUAUUAGACAGUAGACCUAGUAAACCUAUACCAGAUAUAAAAACCUUUCUUUCUCUUAUUAAGAAACCUCAAGUUGAAAUUGAAUAAAGUAAACCAAAAUAAUAAUAAGAAUAUAUACUACAUCUAAUAAUUGGAAUAUUUAUAUUAAUUUUGAUGAGUAUUUAUAUUAUAAUUUGA